AUGACCAAUAAUGGACCAACGAGGGGCCGGGGGAAUUUCCCAAGGGGUUGGUCCAAACAAUUGUGGGACGCGAUGGUGCCCCACAUCGCUCUGAACCCUGGACUUUCUCCAUAUGCCCUCUGGAGAGAUUUCCACGAAAAGUAUCCUGACAGAUCGCCGGCUACCUACUCUUUUUACCACCGAAAAUUUCAUGACGAUUUUUCCCAAGCGGUGAGCGGGUACCUCAGGGAACGUAGAAACGUUCCAGCGAGACCGGAGGUGAUGCUGACGAGGAGGCCAGAGGGUCGCUCCGAGGAGCACCCAGCUUUCUCGAAUGAUGAAUGGGCUGCGGCAGUACGAUGGAUUCUGACCAGGGAGGCCCCGUCAAGCGUGGAGGAAAAUGUGGAGAGUUGGCGGGAAUUUAGCAUGGAGAAUCCAUCCCAUAACGAGCUUGAGUGGAUCGGGCUCUACUACGCACAAUACGACCUCUUCCAGGAUAUCGAACGUCAAGUCCGUUGUUCGAGGUACUCGCGUUGA